AUUAAUUAUUUCCAAACUUGAAUUUUUUUGCCCAUCUGCCCAAUAGUAUUUCUCCUCUUUGGUCUACUGAAGUGGAAAAUUGGAAAUAAACCAGCAAGAUUCCGCCACCUUAUGCAACGGUGAGAUACAGCACUAUGACCGCCGCGGUCGCCGUCUCUCGUCACCUGCAUCAACCCCUCUCCCAUCUACUCCCCGGAUCUCUCCAAAUUACCCCUGCCAUAAAAUCCGUCCUUCAAUCCCUAAACCCCCAAAACCCGAGAACCCACCAAAACCCUAACCCUUCUAUCCUCAACCAAUUCUCUCCUUACUUAACCCCUAAUUUAGUGGUCCAAGUCAUCAAUGACCUGACAAACCCUUAUCAUUCCCUGUUCUUCUUCACCUGGGCCUCUAGCCCAAGCCCGAACCCGAACCUGUAUCGCCACUCCCACUUCUGCUACAUUGCCAUCACUGACAAACUCCUACCGCACAAGUUAUUUUCAUUAGCUGCUGACUUACUGAAAACCCACAACAAGUUUUCAGAUUUUAUGGUGGGCAAGUUCAUCAAAGCCCAUGGUGAUUUGGGACACCUGAAGUGGGCUGUAAAGCUUUUUCAUCAAGUGAGAAGGGGGGAAGUAGGGGACUGUUUGUUUUCUUACAACGCAUUGUUGGGUGUUCUGGUUAAGGCCAAUAGAGUUAGUCAUGCUUGGGCUUACUUUGGGCGGAUUGUUAUUAAAGAAAGCGUUGUGAAACCUGAUGUUUCGACUUACACAACGAUGAUCAGGGGUUUAUGUAAAGUGGGUAUGAUUGAAGAUGCAGAGAAAUUGUUUGAUGAAAUGAGUUGUGGGAAAAACUUAAUGACUUAUAAUAUUAUCAUUGAUGGGUUCUGCAAGAAGGGCUUAGUGGAAAGCGCGCAAAGAAUGCUCGAUCAGAUGGUUGGAGAUGAGGCUUGUCCGCCUGAUACUGUGUCAUAUACAACUUUGAUCGAUGGGUAUUGCAAGAAAGGGGAGUUCGGGAAUGCAAUUAGGUGCUUUGAUGAAAUGGUGAGUAGGGGCAAUUGCGAGCCUAAUGUGUUAACGUACAAUGCUUUGAUCAAUGGGUUGUGUUUGAGUGGAAAUGUUGAUGAAGCGAGACGGAUGAUGAGCAGGAUGAGGUUGAGUGGAUUGAGGGAUAACAUUGCGACUCAUACGAGUUUGUUGAAGGGUUAUUGCAUUGCUGGAAGAUCUGAUGAGGCUAUUAAACAUUUCAAAGAAAUGCUUAAUCUUGGAAUGAAUCUUGAUGGAAAGUCGUAUGCUGUGAUUGUGAAUGAGUACUGCAAAUUGGGAAGGCCAGAUGAAGCAGUUGUGCUAUUAAGGGAAAUGAGGGGAAGAGGCACUAAUCCGAGUUUAGCUAGCUUUAAUGCUGUUUUUAGGAGUCUUAUUAAGUUGCAAGAAUUCGAUAAAGCCAUUCUUCUCCUGAAGCAAAUGCAACAAUGGGGUUGCUGUCCGAACUUUAUAUCUUACAGUGAGGUGAUAAUUGGGCUUGUUGGAGCCGAAGGCAGGAUGCAAGAUGUUGAGAUGCUUGUUAAUGACAUGAUUCAAGAUGGUCACGGCCUUGAUACCACAUUGUACAGUUCCUUAAUUCAAGCAUAUUGUAUAAAUGGUGAUGUAAGAAAGGCAGCUGGUCUUUUUGAGGAGAUGAUUGAUGAGGGCCUCGUUAUUAAGAAAGACUGCUUCAAAGCUUUUGUUAAGGAAUCGUGUGUGAAGGGUUUGGUGCAUGAGGCGGAGAAUCUUUUUGUUCAGAUGAGAAAUAGUUGCCCAGCGUUUGAUGUGGAAACCUAUAGAAGUGCUUUAAAUGAAUACCUUAUUGGAAACAGUGGCAGCUGAUAUACUGCGGUUCGAGGCAAAACUUUGAACACUUCUGCUUUUUGUGUCAGUGAUACGUGAUUCUUGAAGGCUUAUCCUGUGAAGCAUAAGAAUCUUGGUUAGGACUACAACAGAAGGUAGCAUAAAAUCUUUACAAGUUCAAGCAUUCAGUUAGAACAAGGAAAAUGCAACUAAAAGCAUCGAAGAAUCACAUGGAACUCACAAGGAUUGCUUUAUCCAGUUCUAGAGCACCCAUAGUUA